GUGUGUUUGAAAUUGCAAUAACAAUAAAUGCGAUUGCCAAUAAUUCUUUAAUCAACAAAUAAUUAUAUUGUUGCUAUAGUUAAUUUUCUUUAAAGAAUCUUAGUUAUUAAUGAUUUUUCUGUUUUCCAAAUAAAAAUUGUCUUUUUGUAACUUUUAAAUUGUAUUGUUAGUGUAGCUGGGACAAAAUAAACCAAAUUAUUUGAUAUUAUUUGAAAUUCUUCAGAUUUCUACAUAGAGCCAUAUUAGAAGAGAAACCAAUAAUUCAUUACCAACUGGGACAAAAAUAUACACAUACCCAUAUUUAUUAAAAUGUGUUUAAUUUAAGUUGGUUAAGGUUAAAAAUGACUGAACACAUAAUAACUCGACCACAGAAGCUUUCCAAACUUUCUAGUCAUUCCUCAGAGAUUGAUAAUCUAUGGACAAGCCUGGAGAUGGAAGUUACUUUAAAUGAUGAAGGUCAAUAUGAAGCGUCAGAAACAAGUAUAAAUUGUAAUUUUUCUAAUUUGUAUCCCAAAUCCUAUAAUAACAUAAAUAAUCAACAUGUAGCUAUUUCAUAUUGCAACAAAACCAUUGACACUAGAGGACCUAUCCAGCAAAGACCAAGAGUUCGCAAAGAAAGUGAGAUUUUGAGGAGACAAAGGCAAAAAAUGAGACGUAAAGAACGGCGUAGAGAGGCAACGCGCCAAGCAAUAGAAGAAGACUUAAAAGCCAUUGAGCUUGCAAUAAAUAAUCCCUUAACUUCCCGACAUCAAAAUUUGAUACCACAAAAUCAAGACGUUAGUAAAUCACAUCAGUCUCCAACUAUUGUAAGGGUUGUCCCUGAAGAAUUACUCACCCAUUCUGCCCUUUCUCAGACUACAACCCUAACAGAUGUUUUAAGCAAUAAAUGUCAGAAAGAGGAUGAAGCAAAAGAUGCUAGAAAACCAGCAUUGAUAACUUUACCAUCUCCAACAGUUUCCUGGGAGCAUUUGGUGGUAUUUUUAGCCAACAGACUUGGAGGUCAAGUGACCUCAGAGGAAGCCCAAUGUAUACAUAAGCAUGUUAUAGAUCAAAUGAAGAAUCUCAACAAACAUCCAUUGGAGACUAAUAUUCAAAUUAUCAACUCUGGUAUUGUGCCUCCAAACUUUUUUUUACUCAAUUUAGCAAACAAGGAAUCCCACCACUGGUUUCUAACAGAAUGUCCCCCAUACCAAGAGGGUGAUUUUGUCGCCAAGCCUAUAGAGGCUGAAGAGGCUCCCUGGCCAGCAAUAAUCUCCUUUGGCCUUAAAAAUCAGCAAAAAGUUGAUGUUCCAGAGUUACUCAAACGUUUGGACCUUCAAAAUCGCGCCUACCAAAUUAACAGAUGGACGUAUUUAAGUAUGAACGGUCAACCUGGAAGUUGGAAUUUAAAGUUUCAGAUCCCUGGUGAUCUUUUGUCUGCUCUUAAGAACGCUAACUGGAGACUCUAUUAUAGGUUAAUGUGUCUUAGUAUUCAAUAUGAUUUUAGUGCAAGCAAAGCAUUGAGACAACAAGCCUUUGGAGAGAUGAAACAUUUGGAAAUAGGCACAAAUCAUAAAAAAGGAAACUUUAAAGAACUUAUGGAAGAUUCUAUAGUACCAGAACCUAUUUCAAGUAAUAAAAAUAUGAAAACCAAAAGCUCUGCAUCAGAAAUUAAUAGGAAAUCGUUAGUACAUAAAGAUUCGCCAACAGUCUUCUAUAAAUAUCAGGUGGCAUUCUUAUCCAACAGACCUGGCGGUGAUGUAACUGAAAAGGAAGGCAAACAUAUUCAAAACCAUAUUGUAGAUGCACUGUCUAACACUUCAAAUCGAAUGUGGACUAAUCUUCUACCUACCAACAUGGGUGUGGUAUCUUCCCACUUGUUUUUGAUCACUUCAGAUGAUAAAGAAUUAUACAACUGGCUACUGAAGGAUUGCUCCUCAUAUAAAGAUGGUGGUUUUGUUGCCAGUCCAGUGUCAGCCAAAGAUAUCUUAUGGCCAGAAGUAAUUUCUUUUGGCCUUAAAAAGCAGGAAAAACCGGAUAUUCCGGAGUUGCUAAAAUGUAUUACUCUUCAAAAUCGCAAGUACAAUAUCAAGAACUGGAGGCAUUUAACAACGAAAGGUGUGCCAGGAAAUUGGGAAUUGCAGUUCCAGGUUCCUAGAGACGUUUUGCCAGUACUUAGGACCGCCAGUUGGAAACUUUAUUAUGGACUAAUGAGUCUUAAUGUUCAACAUGUCGGUGGUCGAAAAACUCUUGAGGAAAUGACAGGAAGAAUGCAAGAAAUUACUAAAUCAUUACUGGAAAAUUGUAGCAAAACAGUUCCCACAACUUUAGUGGAGAAGCAUACUGCGGCUCCAGUAUCUCAGACAGAUACAUCUAAAAUAUUAAGCAAGGCAGAGUCAACUGUUAAGAAGUCAUUAUCAAAAGUGAAUAGAGAAGCCGCAACUCAAUUAUCUGAGACAAUAGCCUCAAGUAAUGCUGGACCGAAAGUAAGACCAUUUUCAAUUGAUCAUCAGAAGACACUUACAAUUCCAAAAUCUCAGAAUACAAACUUAAGCAAUGCACCACUAGAAGCCAAAAAACCUUUGUCACAAGAUAAGAGAAACUCGACAGCUUCACCAUCUCAGUUAAUAGCUUCAAGCAACUUGGUGCCGAAAAUUGAGAGACCAUUGUCAAAUGGUGUUAGAACCUCCCCUACAGCCACUAAUUCUCCUACAUCAAUUCCGAUAAAUGCAAAUAUUUUACCAGAAGGUAAAUCAACUAACGGGGCAUCCACAGGAGGUAGUAGUAAGUACCAGGUGGUAUUUUUAGCCAAUAGACCUGGAGGUGAGGUAACUAAGGAGGAAGUGAAGCUAAUUAAGAAACAUGUUAUCAAGCAAAUGAAAAAUCGGAUUGGAACUAAUAUCCAAUUUUAUGACUUUGGUGUUGUGCCACCCAAUUUUUUCCUGAUCAUCGCAGGAAACGAUGCAACCUACAAAUGGUUAUUAAACGAAUGUCCUUCAUAUAAAAAUGGGGAUUUUGUGGCGAGUCCGGUGCCAGCUGAGGACGCUCCAUGGCCAGAAAUAGUCACAUUCCGCAUUAAAAAUGAAGAAAAAAUUGAUAUUCCAGAGUUGAUGAAGGGUUUGGCACAACAAAAUCGCAGCUAUCAAAUUCAUAGAUGGCGGCAUGUGGGGUUGAGCGGUGAGAGUGGAGAUUGGAAAUUGGACUUUCAGAUUCCGGGUGAUAUUUUGCCUGUACUGAAGUGGGCCGGUUGGAGACUGUUUUAUGAUACAAUUUGUUUGAGUGUGAGAUAUGAUUUGGAGGCCAGCAAAGCGUUACGUCAGAAGACUAUUGAAGGAACUCAACAUCCUUAGGGGUUAGAAGUUCUUCUUAGCCAGAAGUAUUAAUUUAUAUUAAAAAUAUUUUAUAUAAUGAAAAUUCUCAAUUUUGCAUCAAAAUUGUGGUGAUAGUUUGCAUUUUUUUAAUAGAAUUUAAGAAUCAUGGAAUAGCAUGUUUGGAAUUUUAAAUUAUGUAUUUGAACUGAAGAAAAUUGCAUAAAAUAAUUAAAUGAAAUAGUAAUAGAAUAGGUAUAUACUAUGAAAUAUACAGA